AUGCCCAAUCUAGGAUCAACUCGCUUCCUCACCGAGCUGGCGCUCUCGAGAGGCGUUCCCCUACACUAUGUUUCUUCUAACCGGGUGACGUUACUCUCCGGCGAUAUCGCGCUCCCUCCGGGGUCAGUAUCGGCAUUCCCGCCGCCCAAGACUGGCAGCGAUGGCUUUACUGCGUCGAAAUGGGCCAGCGAGCGAUAUCUAGAGAAUGUUGCCGAGGUGACGGGGUUGGAUGUGUGCACCCACCGACCUUGUGCGCUGACAGGCGCCCAGGCGCCCAGCGAGGAUGCUUUGAAUGCGAUCCUGCGGUUUUCUGUGCUGAUGAAAGCCGUACCACAAUUUCCCAAUGUAAGAGGAUUCUUUGAUUUUGAGAAGGUGGGAGGUGUGGCAGCCAACAUCGUGAAGAAAGCUUUGCAGAGUGUGCAGGUAACCAGGGAUCAUGCCACAUCGCUUGCAUCACUCACCCAUCACUCCAGUGGGGUCAAGGUGCCGGUUGACAAGAUCCAGGAGCGUAUGCAGGACCUUUAUGGUGGGGUAUUCGGUCGCCUUGCGCUUGCAGAGUGGGUGCAGAGGGCCCGCACUUUGGGAAUCGGCCCCUGGUAG